UUAUUUCUUUUAUUUCCUAUUUAUGCUUUCAUUUUCAUAACUUCUUUGAUCUCUCUUCUUCUUUUCUCUUUCCGCUCUAAUACAUUGUCCUCAAUUAAUAUUAGUAAUUGGUAGAAUGCCACAAAAAGAUGCUGCUCAUCUUGACCCUUUCCUAUUUUUUUCUUCUUAGCCCUCAGAAACAUAUAUCGCAGCAUUGGGUAUGGAGAUCGAAAGCCAAUCUCUCCAUCUUCCGGAAGAAAUCAUUGGAGAAAUACUGCCAAGACUGCCGGUGAAAUCACUGUUGAGACUCAGGUGCGUUUCGAAAUCAUGGCACUCUUUAAUUGGCACCGAAAGAUUCAUAAAAAAACACCACCAAAAUUCGAUGAAAAACCCAUCUUUCACCCAACAAAGGUUCAUUAUAGAAACGAAUUUGCUUGAAUGGCCUAAGCAAUGUUCUCUGCUGUCGGUUUUGAGCGGACCAAUAAAUACUAUCCCUUUUUCUCCUUUAGCUUAUCCAACGAAUACUACAUUAUUUUCUCGUUUAGCUUAUCCAAGGAAUACUACAUUGCCAAUGGGAUAUGACAUUGUGGGGAGCUGUAAUGGGCUGCUCUGCAUUGUCAAUGAUGAGAAUAUAUUUCACUUGUGGAACCCAUCCACUAGAAUAAUCUCCAAGAAACUGCCAGAAAUUUCAAUUGUUAAUGAUCUCGACGAUUUUGAUAAUUUUGGAUUCGGUUGGGUUGAAUCGAGUGAUGAGUACAAGGUGUUUGUGAAUGUGGUUGAAUGGAACUCCAGCGUUGGUGAAAUUUAUAGUACAAGGACAAAAUCAUGGAAAACAAUUGAGCUCUGCCCAUAUUUCAUUCCAUUUUGCAGGGAGGGGCUGUUUGGAGGUGGGAAGCUUUACUGGAUGUACGACGAUGAUGAAGUUAUUAUUUUCUUGGACUUGAAGAGUGAGGUGUUUGGAAGGAUUGAAAUUCCCUCUGAUCAAGAGAAGAUGUAUGGAGAGAUUGAUCGAGAGAAGUACGCCAUUGACGUGGGUGUGCUUGGUGGUUUCGUUUGUGUGCUAUGUUUUAAUUAUCAAAUUAGAGGCUAUCGAGUUUGGGUUAUGAACGAGUCUUGGGAGGAAGUGGUGACUCUUUCUCACCUUCUUGAGCUUCUUCAACCACCAUUGGUGAAAGGUCUAAAUGGAGAGAUUUUGGUAAAUUGUGGAUCCAUUGUGGUGGUCUAUGAUUGUCGGGAUAAUGUGUUCCGCAACCUCAAGUAUUGUUCCUGUUGUGAGGAUACUGGGUUCAGCAGCCACGGGGAUUGUGUCGAUUCAAGUUCACAUGAUGUCUAUGUUGAAAGUUUAGUCUGGCCAGAAGAUUUAUGAAACAAGUCUUAGAACAUGAUUGUGGGAAGCUUUACUGGAAGGACGGACAUGAUAAAGUUAUUAUUUUCUUGGACUUGAAGAGUGAGGUGUUUGGAAAUAUUGAGCUUCCCUUUGAUCAAGAGAAGUACGGCUUUGUGGGUGUGCUUGGUGGUUUCCUUUGUGUGCUAUGUUUUAUUAAUUAUGAAAGAGGUUAUCGAGUUUGGGUUAUGAAGGAGUCUUGGGAGAAAGUGGUGACUCUUUCUCAUCUUCUUGAGCUUCUUCAACCACCAUUGGUGAAAGGUCUAAAUGGAGAUAUUUUGGUAAAUUUUGGAUCCAUUGUUUUUGUCUAUGGUUGUCGGGAUAAUGUGUUCUGUAACCUCGAGAGUUUCUUUUCUUUGUCAUGUCAUGUCUAUGUUGAAAGUUUAGUCUCGCCAAAGGAUUUAUGAUACAACGUAUUAGAACAUGAUAGUGAGUGGAUUCAUAGCUAAUAUUCUGGAUUUAUGUUGAAAGUUUUGUCAUGUCUUGUUAUGCAUAGUUAAUAUUCUGGAUUUCUUAUGGUUUAUCAUAGAUUGUGUUUCUUCUGGAA